AUGGCUGCAGAGAAUAAGCGCCAUGCUAGCAGUGGGAAAGGCCCAAGUGGCACUGUGGCACCCAAUCCGGGGCCCUCCGGAACUGUGAGUCUGGAGGUGGCACUAAGUGGAGCAAUUGGUGCACGUAUUCGUGUGACCACUGCACCUCCGACUGCAACUACACUGGAAGGGAGCUUGUUUACUGCCUGUCCUAUUACCAACUUGAUUGCAAUCAACACAUCACCGCCCACUGCACUUUCUGCAGAAGCACCUGCACUGGCUCAGCCCAGUGAUUUUCAUGUCAUCCCGAUCAGCCGUAUCCAAAGUUUCCAACUCUUAUCCCUUUCCCAACAGCACCCGAACCUGAACUCAGAAAACCCAGGGCCUUUCACCGAUGCAGUCCCGGCGAUUUAUCCGCUUGAUAUUAAAGCCCUGCGCGCCCGGGAAGCGGCUGCCGUCGCACAGCUGCAAGAGCGUGAGGAACGUAGAGGGAAAGGUGUGACUAAGGAGGCGCAGGAUUUGUUUGACGCUUUUAGCCGGACCAUGCCGGCAAGGUGGGAUGGGACAAGUAUUGUGGUGGCGGAUACCGUCAUCAUAUCUAAGCCGUAUCGUGUCGAAGAUUGCCGUUCCUUAAUGACAGAGAAUGGCGUGAGUGCAGCUCUGAUCAGGGUGCGGAAGGUGCUUGAAAUGGAAAGGAAGAAAAUCGAAUUGCGUAGCGCUUUUCCCGAUACUCCCCAGACGGACUCUAUUGCGAAUGCGAAUCCAUCCACUGGCGCAUCUGCCUCGAUGUCGAGAGACCGUGGUCGCGAAUUACGAGCUGCUGCCGUUGCAGUCCCAAGAAGUAAUGUUCGGUCUUCUCCUAACACUUCGAAUGGAGGGCAGAGAAAGGGCGGUUAA